AGACGAAGUACGCGAUCAUUCCAAACAAACCGAUUCCGGCUGUCGGCUUGCUGUUUCUGUCGAUGUGUGAUAUCGAAGUGUUUUAGUAUAAUAUAACGCUUUUUUUGUAUUAAAUCCAUAUAUUUUUUAUUAUUUUUUAAUUAAUGAAUAUUCAAAAUAUUUGAUACCGAACUCUAAGCUUAACAUCGUUUAAAUAACCAGUGAAAAUUUACCUAAACAUUGUCUCGCCGUUUCUCGUCUAGUAUAAAUGGAGGAUAUUCAUGUUUAUAAAUAUUGAUUUGUUGCUUUCAGUGUUAUUAAAUUAAUUUUUAUCUAUGAAACGUGAAAUGUAGGUAGCGUUAAAUGAAUGUAUUAUAUAUUAAUUAAUCGAAAAUGCAACAGUUUCAUGGUUAUGGCGCAUAUAGGGCAUUGAGUGAUGUGAUUUGUGUUUGAAUCGGUGUUUUUGUGUCUCAUACGUGCUUAUUUUAAAAAUGGAGGGAACAACAGAGAAAGAUUGCUCCCCAUUGUGGAAUCUCUACCAACAGAUCGUUACGGAUAUGAAGAACAGUGCCCCGAUGUGGGAGGAGUUCAUAUCGAAGGCUACUAAACUUCAUUCUGCUUUAAAAUCGGCUCUGGUUGCCAUAGCAACGUUUCUCGAUGCAUUCCAAAAAAUCGCUGAUGCAGCGACAAACGCAAGAGGAGCCACAAAGGAAAUAGGAACCGCCUUGACAAGGGUCUGCCUCAGACACAGGGCUAUAGAGACGAGAAUGAAGACAUUUAUCAGCACGUUGAUGGAGCGUCUUAUAGCUCCAUUAUCGGAGCGAGCUGAUGAAUGGCGUCGUGGUUGUAAUGUUACCGGCGCAUUGAGCCGAGAACACGCACGUGAGUGUAAACGCGCCAGGGCUGAGCUGCGCAGGCGGGUCCAUGAUGCCCAGAGACACGCUAGGAAAGCGAGGCGGACGAAUCCGGAUGUUAAGCGGAGAGCUGACGUUUGUUUGCAGGAUAUCCAAGAACGAAAGCAGCAAUUGGAGGAGAUGGAAGAGAAGGCGGUGAAGGCCGCUCUGAUAGAAGAACGGAGCCGGUUCUGUAACUUCGUGUCUCUUCUCAGUCCUGUUGUGGAGAGUGAAGUGGCAAUGCUAGCAGAGGUCAGUCACCUUCAAGAGGGAACAGAACAGUUGUCGAGGCAGAUUUCGGAACCUCGGAGUUUACCCCCUGGGAGUCUACAGGUGAUUUGCGAUAUAAAGUCUUGCUACAGUGGUUGGGCGGAAGGUGGCUCGGUUCCGCCCUCGCCCUCUACAUCACGACUUGGCAGUCGCAAGUCAUCUUUGACAUCUAUAUCGUCUCUUAGCAGCCAAUGCUCCGAUCAACAUGGUGUGUCAGGCUCAACAGUGAGCUGUUCAACUCCCAUAUCCACUGGAUCGUCUAUAGCACCAGCUUUGGACUCCCAGCGUGGACAGGGUUCAGACAAUCAAAGCAUUAACAGCGAAUGCGCGACACCGUCUAAGACAAAUGACGAGAAUGACUCCAACGAUCUCACGUCCAACUCGGCUUCAGCCACAUGGCCAGAUCUCAAAGACACGGCGCAGUUCGAGAGAGCGGCCUCCGCUAUAAUGGGGGGCAGACCGCAUACUAUAUCAGCUGGUACGGAUCGCUCGUUCCAACGGCCGGCGUUGAGUGUUCAUACAUUCAGCGAGAACGCCCGCGAGGGUAUAUACGCCAGGCCGCCUCUACCCACUCGCUGUUCAUCAUUGGAGCGUCCCAGUGUGCCGGCGAGGAAUUCCAAUUCAACAAGAGCUGAGUUCAAACCAAAUAAACCUACGAGCCUUCCGCCGCACCUCGCUAAAGAAGUACCACAAGCUUUGUACGUGAAUAUGUCAGAGUUGGCGACUAUGGCGGCGUCACGAGCACAGCAACAGAACAGUACGGAGUAUCCUCAACAGGAGAAGGUAUGUUCAGAGAGCAGUGCCAGCGAAUCGUCCCUAGAAUCAUCGAGCGGCUAUGGAAGUCAGGGCGCGUUCGCUGGCGAAGAUCACUCUCAUCUCAUACACCCAGACGUGUCGUCGGAAAUAGUGACACUACGUCACAGCGAUUCCGUUGUGAUCGCACGCGAGAAUUUCUCGAUAUCACUUGGAAGUCUCGAGGAGGCCGUGAGAUGUUUGGACGAGGCGUCUGAAUCACCGACCUUCGCUACUAUAGGCAAAAAACCAACCGUCCCAAAAAGAAGACCUGUAUCAAUGACAGCUCCUAGCUGGUCUCGUCGUGGCUCCAGUAGUUCCCAGGGGAAGCCGCCGCCUCCUGUGAGACGCUCUUCAUCCAUAUCAAGGCCGAGACCUAUCCAGAACACAGUGUUGAGUGUCGUGAACUCGUCUGAUGUUGACAACCUGCCUCCGCCGCCGGCCUUCCUCCUGCAGCCGGACGAUGGGAACGCUCAUCCAGGUAUCAACGUAGCUGAGACGGUCAAACAGUUGACGGAAUUGAAGCACAUGCCGGCCUCGCCCGGUCUAGUGCGAAGGACGGUCCAAAACCAGAACGAGAACCAAUCACCGAUAUACGGAACCCAGAAACAGUUGUACGGGACCCACAACCAGAAUACGCCGAUAUACGGAACCCAGAAUCAAAAUCUCAGCUCGUUCCAGCAAGCUAAAAGCAAUUUCUCAUCCAGCAUGAGCUUGAACAGCGGCAACCUGAACCCUAUAUACUCGCAGACAGGAAACAGAAUGUUCGAGAACUCGCUGUUCGUUAGGAAGAACAGUUUGAACAGUUCUAACACAGAUAUAUACGGCGGUAAUACGGGUGUAUAUGAAACUAAAUCACCCCACGGCUCCACUCCAUCAACACCGAGCUAUUCUGAAACCAAUACCUUCUCCAGCUUCGGGCCGAGGGUAACGAAUGAAUCUCAUUACGGACAGACGGGUGUGAAGCUUCAAGAUCAAAGCGGUAUAUACGCAGCGCCGUCGCUCGUCAGGAGGCUGACCCCGCGGGCUCACUCCGCUGAGAGAAACGCUAAAGAACACGGAGGUCUUAUAGCGACUCUAAGUGCUAAGUUAGCACCACAACUAUCUCCGAGGAGUCCGAGACGAGCCAAUCCUAAUGUCACUGAAUCACCCGCUAAAGGGAAAGGUGUUCCAGCUACAGUACAGCCAGCGUUCUUGGACAAGCUGUCGGCUACCUUACAACAUCAGAGAAGGAUGCAGUCUAGAGCGAACACAGUCAGAGAUCUCAUUAAUGCGCAUGCACAGCCGGAUCCGAGGGUAUGUCACACAUCACUCAUGGAACAAAUCAAAAGAGGUGCGACACUCAGAAGAAAUAAAUAUUGCAACGACAGAUCAGCGCCCAAAAUACGUUAACAACAAAGUAUUAACUAUUAAACACAUAGUUUAUACUUUAACGAUCGCGACUACGACUAUGACAUAAAAGGUUUACGUGUUUUAAAUAUUUAAUUUAACGUGUCCCCCAGACAUUAGGUGUCUUUCGUUUAGAGUAAGUAUGGGUGUUUACAUUUCAUCAGGAACAAUACAAAAGUUGAUUCUACCGUCAACACCGACACUGUCGACCGAGUGACUGUUACAAUAUCUUUGUUUUAAUUUAUUAUUAAAAUAUUCUCUAAUAACUGACAACAAGACAAUAUUUGGAUUGAUUUGUUCAUAGACAUAUCCUUAUAGGGACAUAUCAUUUUUGAUUGAUUUUAUAUUAUAUAUGGUAAAUAUAAAAUUUGGUAUGACAUUACUUGUAGCUUGUGUCGGGCUUAGAUACCUGUACCUACUUAUAUAUGAGUAGGUCAAACGUGCAAAGCCGAUAUAUUUAAAACAUACAGACAACAUUAAAACAUAUAUAUAAAUUCAUAUCCGAAUGUAGAUGUAAUUUAAAAUUUCUAUUCAAUGCUUCUAACAUCAAUGUUAGAUUUGUAAUGAUUAAACUCUUGUCCAAUUUCAAUCGUAAUAUAUUAAAUUGUCCAAAACUAUAUGCCAUUUUUCUUUUUUUUUUGUAUAAAAAUCUUUAAAAGCUUACAAACGACUGAAUAAUCUCAAUGUAACUGUGUUCUUCGAAGCCUUUCAUUUGUAUUAGGGCUUUUGUAACUUUUUAACGGAAAAAAAAAUUAUUAAUCUUUUAUAAUAUCCUAUAUAUUAUAAAUUCAACUAAUUUAUAGUUUAAGAAUAAUUAAGUGAAUGUUAGUUUAAAUCAAUGUGUAAUUUAAUGUCAUUUUUCCAUCAAUCAAUAUGUUUGUGUUAAAUUUUAACGUCAUAUACAGGAUGGUUACAAAAUUAUUUAUUAUGUGUUUAUAUUAUUCGUUAAAACAUUGUAGAAAUUAAAAUGCUUAUAAGAAUUUCUAUAAAGUAGUUUUCUAUACAGUUAAAGUAAAGAGUAAGCGUGUUAAAGCUAGCUCCUAUAUAAAAUGUUCAUAUCGCUUGUACUACAGUAAAAAUAUAUAGUCCAGAUUAAGUAGAAUUUCUUUUUGAUUUUAUAAAAUGUGUUUAGUAAAGUUUGCAUAUGUAACGGAGGAUUGGUGGAAAUAAAUAAUUAUUGUCCAA